AAAAAUAAAAAUAAAAAAAGUGAUAGAGAAAAACAUGCUCAAGGUUUUAGCUUAUUUCUUGCUGUUUUUGGCACUGAACGGUCAAACAAGUUUGGGACAAGUGAUGACUGGUGCUCCUGCUGCUGCUCCCUCCCCUCAGCCUCCGUUUUUGCCACCUCCACCAAAGCCAACAAAGCCAAAGCUUCCCAAAGAAGAGGUGGAUGCUGUCAACAGUCUGCUUCAACUUUUGAGUCCAUACUCGCCUUUGGGGCCUGCCUACUUCUCCGAAUUGAGUUGUCAUUAUAUAAAGUUUAGUCCUGUGCUUACAUGCAAUUGCACGUUGGACGACAAAACUUGCAGAGUGGUUGCGAUUUAUCUCUCAGGUCAGGAUUUAACAGGGUCUAUACCACCAGAAAUUGGAAACCUAUCUCAUUUGGAAUCACUAUACUUGAGGUCAAAUAGUCUUAUGGGCUCAAUUCCCAACACUUUUGUGAAGUUGUCUCAGCUUUCGAUACUCAACUUAUGUGAUAACAAGUUGGGAGGACCGCUGCCGAAGUUCCUUCCUGAACUGAAGUCAUUACGAAGCUUAUAUUUGUGCAAUAAUUUGUUUAAUGAAUCAAUUCCACCGGAAAUCGGAGGUUGUCCAAAGCUUGAAUUCCUGGUUUUAUCUAAUAAUUCUUUGUCGGGGAAAUUGCCAGAUGAGUUGGGGCAUGUUUCAACACUUCGAGGACUGUAUUUGGCUGAAAAUCAAUUUGGGGGUCGGCUUCCUGAAUCACUGGGAAGCCUAGCUCUUCUUGAAGAGAUGUAUGUGAUGAACAAUCUUUUUGAUGAUCAGUUGCCUCAAAGCUUUCAGAAGUUGACAAAGUUGAAGGCUUUCAAUAUUCGAGGAAAUGCUUUCAACAAGAGCAUCCCCCCAUAUAUUUUCGAGUGGCACAAACUUCAAAGAUUGUCACUGAUGGGAAACAAUUUUGAAGGGCAUUUACCAAAUAAAAUCUUAGGAUUGCCAAGGCUGACUUACCUGGCCAUAAAUAACUUACCUGGACGAGAGACAGAUGUUUUGUUUCCUGAUAUUCACAAUAUUGUGCAUCUGAAAUCCUUGACAUUGAGGAAAUGUUCACUCACUGGUCCAAUUCCUGAUUAUAUCUGGCGGUUCACAAACCUGUCUUACCUGGACUUGAGUUUCAAUAAUUUGACGGGGAUAAUUCCGCCAGACUUGAACCAGUCCCCGCUACAGUUCGUCUUUCUUAGAAGUAACAACCUCAAUGGGACAGUACCUGGAUGGCUGACGAGUUUGAGUAACUCUGGCUCAUAUGUGGAUGUUUCUGAAAAUUCUUUUACAAAUGUGACCUUGAGUAACGACUAUAUAGCUUCAAAUCUGAACUUGUUCGAAUACCGCUCUCAAUAUAGUGAUACGAGAUCGAAAUGGCAACAAGCUGGCUACCACUGUGACAAUGACACACAAAUUUAUGAUCAUUUGUACAUUAAUUGUGGGGGAAAUGCAACAUCAGUAGAUGGGCGUGAUUAUGAAGCUGAUACGCAAUCAUAUGGUGGAUCAACUUUCUUUCUGAGUACAAAUAAGACUUGGGCUUAUAGUAGUAUGGGAAAGUUCCUGGAUACAGAUGAAGAUGAAUUCAUUCUAGAUAAAACAUGCAAUAUAUCCAACACUGAUGUAUCUUUGUACUCAAAUGCGCGCAUAGCUCCAAUAUCGUUGAAAUAUUAUGGAUUUUGUUUGAAAAAUGACAACUAUACGGUUAAACUUCACUUUGCUGAAAUAGGAUGGGAUACAAGUGGAUCUUCUACAAUCAGGAAGAGGGUUUUUGAUGUGGAUGUUCAGGGCGGCCAGUAUUACCAGAGAGAUUUUGAUAUACAAAAAUUGAAAAGAGAUUUCAUGGAGUGCAAUGUAUCUGUAACUGACUCAAGACUGGAGAUUCAUUUAUAUUGGACUGGGAAAGGUUCAACUUACACCCCAACAAAAUACUAUGGUCCCUUAAUAUCAGCUAUUUCCUGUAUCCUGUUCCUAGGGAACCAGAAAGGAACAACAAAAUUCCUCCCGCUGUUAUUGCCGGGAUAGUUGGAGCUGCGCUGGUUUUUGGCAUAUUAAUCUUGGCCCUAUCCUGGGCAUUAGUCAGGAUUCGUCAUAGAAAGCUCAAAGGCUUGGAGCUACAUCCCGGAGUGGUCUUCGACUACAAAAAAUUAAAGGCUGCCACCAAUGGUUUUGCUCCUGAUAACAAGAUAGAUGGAGUCGGAAAUGUCU